CUCUUACUUUUCUCUGUCGUCUCUCCGAUUCUCUCUCACCAGUUCCCGUUCAGUCUAAUUAGGGUUUUCCUUUUUCACUGAUUUCUCCGUUCCAUCUUCUCGUAAAUCGACGGAAUUAGGAGAGAAUUUUUCGGUGGGGGGUCUUCUUUUUCGUUUAACUCAACCGAUGGAGUCGAUAAGGCCAUCUUAUUGGUGCUACAGAUGUAACCGGUUCAUCCGGAUCCGAGUCCGACCCAGAGAAUCCAUCCUCUGUCCCAACUGCGGGGCUGGAUUCGUUGAGGAAAUCGAAACUCCGUCUCGAUCUCCUCUUCACCACAGACUUCCAGCCGCCGACGCAAUGUACGUCCCGAACCAGGACCCGAGCCCCGGUCUGAGUCCAAUCCCAAGCCCAAGAUUUCGUAGAACACGAAGGGCAGGCGGAGACCGCUCACCUUUUAAUCCUGUAAUCGUGCUUCGGGGCUCUACCGGUGAUACCGGCGGCGGAAAUGACGGAACAGCCGGAGAAAGAGGAAAUUUUGAGCUUUACUACGAUGAUGGAAUCGGGUCGGGUCUGCGGCCUUUACCAUCCAGCAUGUCAGAGUUCUUGAUGGGUUCUGGGUUUGACCGACUCCUUGAUCAGUUAACUCAAUUAGAGGUCAAUGGAGUCAGCAGAUUCGAGCACCCACCGGCUUCCAAGGCUGCAAUAGAGUCCAUGCCAAUGAUCAAGAUUCUUCAGAGUCAUGUGUCGACGGAGUCGUAUUGUGCAGUCUGCAAGGAGCCCUUUGAGCUAGAUACAGAGGCGCGGGAAAUGCCAUGUAAGCAUAUUUACCAUUCGGAUUGCAUUCUCCCGUGGCUCUCUCUUCGGAACUCUUGUCCAGUUUGCCGCCAUGAGUUGCCUACAGAUGUGAAUAGAAAUGGCAGGAACGUGGGAGAAUCCGAUGAUGGGGUUAGAGAUGAGGAGACGGUCGGGCUGACAAUAUGGAGGCUACCUGGUGGUGGGUACGCCGUGGGGAGGUUUAGUGGGGGAAGAAGAGCAGGGGAGAGGGAGUUGCCCGUUGUUUUUACAGAAAUGGAUGGUGGGUUCAACACUCCUGGUGCUCCCAGGAGGAUUUCUUGGGUGCCAAGCGGGGGAAGAUCGCGAAACAAUGGUGGAUUAAGGCGUGCCUUUCGCAGUUUCUUUUCAUUCUUUGGGAGGCUUGGGAGAAGUUCAGCUUCUCAUUCGCCUUCUGAAUUCGGUUCAUCGAGAAGAAGUCGAUCAAUUUCCAUUUUUGGCAGAUCAUCUAGGAGGCGGAGUGAAGCUUGGAAUGUGGAUGAUGACAGAUAUUGAAUGUUUUAUGUAGUAUUUUUGGUUAUUUAGGGUCUUCUGCUGAUAUUAUAAUUGUUUUUGUCUUCCUCUGAAGAAAGGGAAAAAAACGAACAUUUGUAAAUUUUAUGAUUCAGUUACUGUAUAUAAUAAUACUUUGAGGAAGAAGUGAGCAACCACUGAGUUUCAUUUCUGUCCAAGACAAAUUUUGUUUUGCUGGUAGUUAUGGAUAUGGAAGAAGUUGACCUAGACGAUGUUAAUGAAGAGGAAAGCUCUGCGCUUUAGAAGUUGAGGUACAACUCCACGUGUGGAAUUGGUCAUUUUCUUAAUUUAGACUCAAACGAAUUCAAGUUUUGAUUUUUGUAUUAAUUACAUGUUUCAUGCUUGCUUUAUUUUACUGUAACUUUUUGGUAGCACUUACCAUUUUGGUAAUCCAUAGUUAAUGCAAA